GCUAUAAUAAAAACUUAGUUUAACAGAUUAUUUUGAAAUUUCCACACCUUUGGACCAAAUAUUAUGGAAUGGCCCAACCCUGUUAAUUAUUUCUCAGAUUUGUAACUUUCAUUUGUAUUCUUUUUGUGCUGAAGUGUUGUUAAAACAGUUCAUUAUACGGUGCUUUCAACUGGAACAAGUCAAAAACUAAUUUAGUAUUUUCAGGGUGUUAAUUGAAUAUUUACAAAUAUUUAUGAUCAGAUUAUUUUUUAUUGCAGAAAGUUCAAGUUCACUUGAUGCAACCAAACCAGCAACAUCCCGAAAAAGACAGGCACUUGACAAAGAACCGGAGAAGAUUUCCAAGAUUAAAAAAAAUUACUCUGCUGAAGAUAAAUUAAACAAAGAAAAAAAGGAGGCAAGACAGAAAAAAUUGGAUGUGGACAAGAGAAAAAAUGCUGCUGCUAUACUUCUUGCUGACUCAAUUAUUUCAAAACGUAGAGAAAUGCCAGCUCUUUUUUCUUUAGACCAUGAAAAUCCAGCUGAUUCAUACCUGCCACAGCAUGACAAUGAUACAAACUACAGUGUGUUUCCUCCUCUGAUCAGUCAAAGCUACCAGUUGUUGUUAGAUGGUACCAUAUGGAAGAUGAAAGGCCUCCAGAGUGCUGCAUCAUAGAAUCGCUUCAGACCCCCCUUGACAGAAUACAACAACUACAAGAUGAAUUGGAAACAAUAAAACAGGAACGGGAUAUGUUGAGGAGAGAGGUUCAAAUUUUGAAACAAGCUGGUGCACCAGCAGACUUGAAUGCAACCCCAACAAAAAUUUCUUUCCUAAAAGAUCUGACAAGACAUCUAGAGAGUAAGAAUGGAUUGGAAUCGUUGCCUACCUUACAUCAUGUGACACCGAAACUCCCAAGAAAGAACCUUAUGACAAACACUAAUUAUCAGAAUAUUUCUGAUAAAGAAAUGAACAAUUUGGCUGUAUCAUCGCCAACAAGUGACACUGGUGCCAAAAAAUUCAGACUACUAUCUGAUCACCAGAUUUUUGUCACCAGUCAGCAAAUGAGUUUGAUUAAACAAUUAGGGAUCAACCCUAGGAAACUGAUGAAUGUGUUGCUGGACAUGCUGUUCAGCAAAGAUAUUUUGGCGAUAUCUUCUGCCAAAGGUUCAAGAAGAGCGGUCAACAAGGCCAGUGGCAUGGACAGCCGACAGUUGGAUGUAGAUAUAAUUGCUGCAAUUAAAGAGUACACCCUUCGGGAGUUCAAAAAGGAUGGAAAAGCCUGCAUGAGUGAAUCAGAUAUGAAUAACCUAAUCAACACGAAUUGUGCUAGUGCAAGGAGAAAUUUAAAAAAAAUGACAUGAUGACAUUGAGAUGAAAGCAGUGUGUUAA